AUGGAUCUUUUAAAGUUGGAAUUUGGUAAAUAUUUCAAAGAAGACACAACUAUGAAUGCCAUGCAACAAUGGAUUGAAAUGUCUCAAGAUUUGAAAGAAGAUUGUUUUUCAUUGAUCUUUGAAUGUAUUUACAUCUCCCGUCCAAAGACAGACGUUACCACCAUUCGCACUUCUCAUGCACAACGAAAUUAUGGGAAAAUGUUGGAAGAAUUGGCAUCCGAGACCUCAAUGACACAAUUAGAAUUUGUGAAUAAUUUCAUGAAUCCUCUUUAUCAAGCGUUAUCAACUUUAAAGAAGAAGGAGGAAAGAGAAAAGAUGGAUCCAGUUCUCAUCAACAAGCUUCAUGUGAUUCAUUAUAUUACUGAACAUUAUUUCCAGAAAGCAGGACGUGAAGCCUCACUUGUGAUUAUGAUGCUCCUGUUGGCCAUAUAUCAAUGUAGAGAGGAAGAAAAGGAACUCUUUUCAAACACGUUGCAUCAUGUUACAUUGACAUGUAUUGAAACUCUCAUCGAUGUGUGGCAUAAUUAUAUUAUCAUACUUGUUCUCACUGGUUCCCAAAAAGUCUCAUUCAAACCCAUACUCGAGACUAUUAAGCAAACACUAAGAGGAGAUAGUGGAACCAAUGUGCAUCAGCUUUACAAGACGCAAUGUAAGGCCAAAGACUUGGGAGGAGCUAAUGGAUGGCAACAAAAGAUACAACGGCAACUCGAUCAAUCUAAGGACACGCAAAAGGUUGAAAUGACACAACUGGCCAAGUCGUUUGAAGUCACUCUUAAAAUUGUUCACUUUUAUGACAUGAGAACCUCAGGCGCAGCACCAUCAUUUGACAUUUGCUCAAUGGAUGAUUAUGAUUUGGUCCAGAUUAGAAAAAAACCUUCAGAUUUGAAGAAAAAAGAAGGCUCUGGAGCUUUUUUAAAAAUUGGUAAUUAUCAAUUAUGCCUCAAGAAAAAACAAUCUGAUUUCAAUAAGGUUGUGAAUCCUUUGACAGAUGCUAAUAUUUUGUUUGUCAGUAGUAUUAUUAUGAUUGAUGAUAAUACAUCUGCUAAGGAGGCUGUUAAUCAAAUAACUGAAAAGAUCAUUGCAUUUCUCGAAAAGAUUAUUAGGGAGAACAAUUCAAAAAUGUGA